AUGGUAGCACAAUAUGCUUUGAGAUUCAUGGAGUUGUCCCGUUUCGCCAAUUACUUAAUUCCAUAUAAGGAAAAGAAAGUUGAGAAGUUCGAGCACGAAUUGGAUCGUAGGAUUCGAGAACGUGUACAUACUUUCAGGAUUUGGAGUUUCACAAAGCUGGUCACCCAAGCUACCAUUGCUGAAGAAGACCUCCAGGAGAACAUUGAGUACAACAACCAAAGGAAGCGCCAACAACAACACCAACUACUCCAAUCAGCGUCGUAUAAGGACAAGAGGCCUCACAGCGAAAAUCAUCAAGGGCAACCACAAUUGAAGGUUAAGGAGGCAGAUGUGCAGAAGACAGCUUUCCGGACACAGUAUGCACAUUAUGAAUUCCUUGUUAUGCCAUUUUGUUUAACUAAUGCCCCUGCAACUUUCAUAGAUCUUAUGAAUAGGAGCAACAGAGAGCCUGAGGAGCGUUUGAGGAUUGCCCUUGAGACACUAAGAGAAAAGAAGUUGUAUGCAAAAUUUAAGAAAUACGAGUUCUGGUUACAAGAGAUUGCCUUUUUGGGACACGUGGUGUCAGCAAAAGGACUUUCAGUGGACCUAGCGAAGGUUGAGGCAGUGAAUGGGAAAGUUAUUGUAUACGCUUCCCGACAGUUAAAAACUUAUGAGCAAAAUUACCUGACCCAUUAUCUGGAACUGGCAACAAUGGUAUUUGCCUUGAAAUAUGGAGACAUUAUCUUUAUGGACAUUGAUUGCAGUAUUAACUACCAUUUUGGCAAAGCAAACGUCAUAGCUGAUGCACUUAGUCGAAAGUCAUCCUCUGGUACCCUGGCUAUGAUGUAUACUUCCAAGAAGCAUAUACUACUAGACAUGGAGUGA